CUGGUCACACCGCUGUCAGCCGUCAUUUGUUUUUUGACGUGUACACACGUCCGAGCGGUGUUUGUUGUGGUUUUUAAAUGGAAAAAUAUUGUAAUUUUUCAAUUAUCAAAUUGGAAACUAGUCGCCUUAUCUGAACUAUAAGUGCUAAUACGUAUAAUAAACUUUCUGUCCCCGCAAAUAUGCGUAACACGUUAAUGUUGUGUUAAGAUUUCGAACUGGAUGUUCUGUGGUACAUUAUUAAGAAUUUAGUGAUGUUUUUUGUUUACUUUCGCGUCCAGUGGUUAGCAAGAACAAAUAUAACAGGAAUAUGGACGAGAUAAACGGUUCAUGACGCUCAAUUUAUCUCUAAAACGUUAGUAAAAUAGAUAUUCAAAAUGCGUUUAAACGUGAAGAAAGCCCUCAUUUUUGUGGGCUGUGUAGUGUUUUUAUGGGUGUUACUAUCAUAUGCUUCUGUAAUAGAAGUGCCACGAGCUGUUCCACAAAAAGAUCCUGCUGUAGAAAUAGAAAAAAAGAUAAUAAAGCUUCAGAAACAAGUGGAUGCUCAGAUGGCUGAGAGUAAAAGCCUUUUGGCGAAAGUAAAGAAGUUAAAAAAGAUAUCAGAAGGUGAAAAUGUUGGUGGCGAAGAAGAUAGUCUUAAAGAUUCAGAAGUUAUGCAGCAUCUAUCUCAACCCAUCCUGCCGGUACUAGUGAUAGCGUGUGACAGGGUGACGGUGCAGCGGUGCCUCGACAACCUGGUCAAAUUCAGACCGAGUAAAGAAACCUUCCCUAUUAUUGUUAGCCAGGAUUGCGGCCACAACGCGACCUACGAGGUGAUAACGUCGUACACGGCGUCCGACCCGACGAUAUCGGUCGUCCGACAGCCGGAUUUGUCGGAGAUCGUGCUGCCGCGCGUCAAGGUGAAGUUCCGAGGCUACUACAAGAUAGCCAGGCAUUACAAGUUCGCGUUGAACCACGUGUUCGAGACAUUGGGACAUGAAGCCGUCAUUAUUGUUGAAGAUGACCUGGACAUAUCGCCAGACUUCUUCGAGUAUUUCCUCGGUACUUAUCCUCUUCUACUCAAAGAUCCAUCGCUCUGGUGUAUCUCAGCGUGGAACGACAACGGCAAGAUGGAGGUGAUCGACAUGUCCCGGCCGGACCUGCUGCACCGCACCGACUUCUUCCCCGGCCUCGGCUGGGUGCUGCGCCGGGAGAUGUGGCGCAAACUCGCUCCCAAAUGGCCGACUGCGUUCUUCGACGACUGGCUGCGUAACCCAGUGAACAUAGACGGUAAGGCCUGCAUCAGGCCGGAGAUAUCCAGGACAUACUCCUUUGGAAAGGUGGGCGUGAGUAAAGGUCUGUUCUUCGACCUGCACCUCAGGAACAUCCAGCUCAACAUGGAGUAUGUGGAGUUCACCAAGCUCAACCUCACCUACUUGCUCAAGGACCACUACGACGACACGCUAACAUCGACGGUGUACAACCUGCCGGAGAUGUCUGCGAGCGAGGUGGUGGCCGGCUCGGACCUCAGCGCGGACCCCGUGCGGGUCAUGUACAGCAACGCCAAGACGUACCAGCGCGCCGCCAAGAAACUCGGCCUCAUGGACGAUUUUAGGAGCGGAGUCCCUCGCACAGCCUACAGAGGUAUAGUGACGUGUUUCAUAAGAGGGCGGCGCGUGUACCUCGCGCCCUCCUUCGAGUGGAACAAGUACGACCCCACGUGGGGCUAACGAACGCCCCACGUCCCUGCUUACACCCCGUACGAGACAACGAGGUGCUACGGUAACAAGAACUUUAAUAAACAUCAUUUUGUAUAAGUUUUUAAACUGAUAUGGUCACUAACACUGUUAUUAGAACUUGAGACGGGAUAUUUACCAUGUUUAUUCAAAGUCAAAGUCAACAUUAUUUAUUUCAAAUAGACCAGGAAGGCACUUUUGAACGUCAGUCAAAGCAAAUAAAUAAUAUUAAUAACAUCUGUCUGUCUGUCGGUCAGUCCUCUAGUGAAGUUAUUUGCUCGUUCCAAAGUGUAGAUUCCUAUGGAGAAGAACAAGCAAGAAACUCCAUAGGUUACUCUUUUUCAAUCAGAUUCACAAUACAAUUUUUGGUUACAUUGUUUCGAUUGCUUCAUGUCUUUAUGAUUAUGAUGAACUGAGUUCAUCCGUGAUCAUGGCGCUUGCAACAGUGCCGAAAUAUCGGAAACUCAUCGACAUAAAUAAACAUGGUAAAUAUCCCGUCUCAAGUUCUAAUGAUAUCAUUUUGUAUGUGUCUCGUCGAAUUACCUACAAUUAUUUAUAAUUCCAAGAAUGACCCAAUCUAGAGGUGACAGCAAUAUGAACUUUAUUAUUAUUUUAAUAAAGUUCAUUUUGGAGUGGUCUUAAGUAACGAAUAUAAUUCCUCUCGACACUAGACGAUUCGCCCGAGCCAUUAAACUGCUUCGAAGAAGAUGUUCUACUAGUUUCUCUAAACACUGUUAAAUGCAUGACGUCACCGUGUCAUACAACGCCCAUUUCAUCAUUAUGGGCCCCUGUUGUAACCUGAAACUAGUCGAGUAUCUUCCUCGAACAGAACUCUUCUUUAAAAGGCAAAGCACUUGUAACGCCUCUGGUGUUGUAAGUGUCCAUGGGUGGCGGUGAUUGCUUACCAUCAGGUGAUCAGUCUGCUCGUUUGCCUAUCACAUAAAAAAUGCAAUUUAAUGUGUCUGUCUGUAUAAAUUGUAUGUGUGAAUAUGAAUAUAUGGUCAUAAUACUAUGUCACUACUAUAUACUACCCGGCACGUAUCGUGGCAGGAUUAUAUCGAGAUUUAGGUUUAAACUGAUAAAAAUAAAAAUACAGUUUCAACCCAGUUUUUUUACAGAUUGCGCGGCAGCCGGUUGCCCAGCCGCUGCGCCAACCGUACAGUCAGUCAGUCAGUGUGUAACAUACAGUCAGUCAGUCAGUCAGUCAGUCAGUGUGUAACAUACAGUCAGUCAGUGUGUAACAUACAGUCAGUCAGUCAGUCAGUCAGUGUGUUACAGUUGCGUGCGUGCUGACAGACUGUUCCUGAGUGUCUUAAGAUUAGUUGACCCGAUUUUGAUGCGGUUGAGAAACAUUGUUUAUUUAUUUUAUUCAUACUUUAAAAAAAAGCCAGUUUAAGAAUAAUUUAUCCCCAUGUGUACAAAAUCUUGCCAUGUUACGUGCCGCGGGCUAUAUCUACUACUAAUAAAUAAAUAUGUAAAUAUAAUCGAGUUUGUUCUCGUAAUCUUUUCGAAUAUUUACACUGUAUUGGAUAGAGUUUUAAAAUAUAAAGAACGAAAUACAUUAUUCAUAGUUGUAUUGCGAAGGUACUAAGUUUUGUUGUGUGAGCUCUGCUUUUG